AUGGCCGGGUCCCAGCUCAAGCUGUUAAAAGCAGCGCUCGCCAAGGAGGGGCUCAUCGGGGCUCAGAAGAAGAAGAAGCUGAGCGACAAGCGCCGCAGUGACACGGAGAAGGUCAUCAGAGGCAUCCGCGAUGAGUACAACCGGUUCGACCAGAACGUCAACCGCACCAAGCGCGACGUCCUGGUGAUUGCCGGCGGCCAGUUCGUCAAAGAAGGCAGUGACCAGCAUAACGAUGUCCUGAGACGGAAAGGCGCCAUCCAGCGCACCCUCAAGUCGCAGUACGAGCUUGAGCGGAAGCAGAAGGGGAAGCAAGGGGGGCUCAUUGACCGUCGUUUUGGCGAAAAGCACAAGGGGUUGCUGGAGGAAGAACGCAUGCUUGAAAGAUAUCGUCGGGAACGGGCUAAGGAAGCGAAGAAACGGGUGUUUUCGUUAGAACUGGACGACGAAGGCGCCGAUGACGAUGAAGGGUUUAUCUUGACCCACGCCGGUAAACCUUUGGCCGUCGACGAUGACGACGAUAACAUCCCUUUGAAACACCCCAACGAAGAAGAUAUGGUUGAAGCCGCUCCCACUAAGCGCAAGCUGAAACGUGAAGUGAUGAAUGAGAUUAUCGCUAAAUCUAAGUUCUACAAGAAACAGAGACAAGAUGCUCAUGCCCAACAACAAGAGGAGAUCAUGGACUUAGACGAUGAGUUUGAAGAUGUCAUGGACGCAGUGAGAGAGUCGCAACCGGCUAAACCUCAAUUCUCGCUGAAGCUGGAAGAGGAUAUCGCCUACGACCAGAGAGUGAGGGAAUUGACUUACGACCGCCGUGCGGCUCCUGCUGACGCUACUGAAACCGAAGAAGAGAUUAAGAAGAAGGAAGAAGAGCGGUGGAAGAAGUUGGUGGCGGCCCGAGAGGCACGUAUGACUGCUCGUGACGCUGAAGGUGACGACUUGGAUGACUACUGGCACCAGCUGCUGGACGACGAAGAAGGUGAAGAAAUUGACGGUGAAAAAGGCGAAGACGGUGAUGAUGAAGAUGGUGAAGGUAGCGGUCGUUUCAGCCGCAAACCGUUGGCGGUGGCGAUGCCGUCUCUGCUUAAAGACUUCCCCGAAGAGAAUGUCGGCGAGUUUAUUGGCCAAGUAGCUAAGGCAUACGCGCCUCACUUGGCUGAAGGCAACAAGCAGUUGAUGGACAACUUUGUCGCGCUUUUAUUUGAGUAUACCGUGGCCCACCCACAACACGCUGAAGUGACAAUCCCUCAACUUCGUAAAUUGGCUCUGAAGUAUAAUGAGGAGUUAGUCACUCGAGUACGCAAUGAAAUCAACACUAUACGCGACCACUUGUUGCUGGGAGACGUUUCCGGUGCUGACAUCUUCUACUUUGUGGCCAUUGGUCUCAUCUUCUCCACCUCGGACCACUACCAUCUCGUAGUGACUCCCGCGGUGAUUAUGAUCAACGAGUACCUUGCCUCGCUUACUAAAGAGCUGUCGUUGGCUCAGGUGUACAUUGGUGUCGCUCUAGUCGAUAUCUACCUCCAAUACCAGCGUCUUUCCAAACGGUAUAGUCCCGAAGUGGUUCGUUUCAUGGCAUUGGCGUUGAGCCGUCUCGUACCUGAACCGCUGAAAGUGGACGGCAGCGAGCUGACAGAGCUGAAUCUCGGUGCUAAGCCACCCAAGAAACCCGUCACUGCGCCGCUUUCUCUCUCAGCAUUGCCUAAAGGGGACGUUGACCUCCGAUACCCGGUGCUCCUCAAACUCAUCAAACAAGUGGGCCAAAUCACCGACUUGUGGCGAGAUCUUGGGGUGCUUCUUGACAUUGGCGAUGCCCUCGGUCCCUGGGUGAACCACACCGCUAAAUACUACGCUGGCGCUAACCCAGAAGUCGCUUCCACUGCCACCAUGGUGGGUAAGCUUACUGAGGCCGCCAGACGCGACCGCAAGCCGUUGACGUUACAGUACCACCGCGCCAUCGCCAUCCCCACCUACGCGCCUGCUUUCGACGAAAACUUCAACCCCAACAAGCACUACGACAACAACGUCCACCGGGCCGAGUUGAACAAGUUGCGCCACACGUUGAAGAAGGAACGCAAGCAAACGCUCAAGGAUAUCCGCCAAGAACAGAAGUUCAUCGCGGGGGAGAAGAUCAAGGAGACGAAGCAAUUCUACGACGACUACCACAAGAAGAUGUCGAACAUCAUCAACUCGAUCCAGACGACAGAGGGGAGGGAGAAGAACGAGUACGACCGCGAAAGAAAGCGCCGGAAACAAGGUUAG